AUGGAUUUCUCCGAACUGGAAGCCACCGAGGGCCUGCGCUGGUCGUGGCACUCGUGGCCGGUUUCCAAGCACGAAGUCUCGUCUCUGGUGGUGCCACUAUCAGUCAUGUACACCCCAUUAAUGGAGUUCAACGAGCUUCCUGUCCUCCCUUACGAGCCCCUCACUUGCUCUGGAUGCACCGCCGUUUUGAACCCUUACUCGCGCGUCGACUACACGUCCAAAAUCUGGUCGUGCUCCUUCUGCCACCGGAAAAAUCCCUUUCCCAAAUCGUACACGCACAUCAACGAGAACAAUAUCCCUGCCGAGCUGUUCCCAACUUACAGUACCGUCGAGUAUCAUCUGGGCCAGUUCUCGGGCCUGGAUUCGGGCCUUGGAAGGACUGCGAGUGCGCCAAUGGGGUUGAGAUCGAACAAUAGCUCGUUUUCGAGCAUGUCUGCAUAUUCCACCUCAGACUGGGCUGGAUCCGGGCCUGGUGUUGGGGUCGGGCCCGCAUUCGUGUUCGUCGUGGAUGCUUGCUCGUCCGAGGAGGAGCUCGGGAUGCUGAAGAGGGAGCUUCUACACGUGAUUGCGCAACUUCCGGAAAAUUCUCUCGUCGGCCUGGUGGUUUUCGACUCCAUGGUGAAGGUUUACGAUUUGGGGUUCACCGAGUGCUUGAGAGUCGUGAUGUUCCACGGCGAACGCGAGGUUUCGUCCGAGCAGGCCAAACGCUUUCUUAAACUUCAUCACACGAAGCAGCAUUCAUUCGGAAAGGCACCGACACAACAACAACAACAAAGGCAACACGAGUUUUUACUUCCGGUCUCCGAGUGCGAGUUCACUAUCACGACCGCAGUCGAAGACAUCCACACCUCGCCACCUGUCCAGCCAGGUCAUCGCCCCCUUCGCUGCACGGGCCCCGCCAUAUCCGCUGCCGUGGGCCUUCUCGAAGGCUGCUCGUUGACCACCGGCGCCCGAGUGAUGCUCUUCACGUCCGGGCCCUCAACUAUCGGGCCGGGCGCAAUCGUGGGCCCGGACCUCGCCAACCCCAUCCGGACCCACCGCCACCUCAGCGGCGGCCACAAGAAAUCCGUCGAGUUCUACAAACAAAUAUCUCGCAGGCUAACCGACUCGUCCGUCGCGCUCGAUCUCUUCGCCUGCUCUCUCGAUCAGGUCGGAGCAUACGAACUUAAAAACCCAGUCGAGCAAUCGGGCGGAUACAUGAUACUCGCCGAGUCGUUCGGGUCCGACCAGUUCGCCAAGUGCCUCCACCGCAUAUUCAACCGCGAAAUGUUCUUCGACGCGACAAUCGAGAUCGUAACAACAAGAGACGUCAGAAUACGCGGGGCCCUCGGCCCUUGCGUCUCUCUUAAUAAGCUCAGCGAGUCGGUUAGCGAGCAUUCGCAUUCCUUAAUCGGCCAAGGCGGGACCCACGUCUGGAAGAUGUGUACUCUCACAAGCAAGACGUGUUUCGCCUUCUUCUUCGAUAUCGGGGACGAGAAAAUUGCCCAGGCGGGGUCCGCGUUCCUCGUCCAGCUCAUCACGCGCUACAGGCGAGCUGGGGGGGGAGUAAGAAAACGGGUGACGACUGUCGCCAGGAGAUGGGUGGCGAAAAACUCGCCGGAGAUCGCGGCCGGGUUCGACCAGGAGGCGGCGGCGGCGGUGAUGGCACGGCUGGCGGCCCACCGGACGGAGAACGGCGGCUUCGACGUAAUCCGGUGGCUCGACAAAAACCUGAUCGGCUUUGCCUCGAAAUUCGGGGACUACGUGCAGGAGGACCCGUCGACCUUCCGCCUCUCGGCCAAUUUCUCGCUCUACCCGCAGUUCAUGUACUACCUGAGACGUUCACAGUUUAUCGACGUUUUCAACAGCACGCCGGACGAGACGGCUUACUUUCGACUGAUGCUGAAUCGCGAGGGAGUCGUGAACUGUCUUAUAAUGGUGCAGCCGACUCUUUUUCAGUACUCGUUCGACGGGCCGCCGGUGCCGGUGGUUUUGGACGUGUGCUCGAUUUCGACCGACGUGAUUUUACUGUUCGACUCGUUUUUUUAUGUCGUGAUACACUAUGGCUCGAGAAUCAGUGAGUGGAGGAAGAUGGGGUAUGACAGGGACCCGACGCACGAGAGCUUCCGGAAGUUGCUGGAGGCGCCGGAAGCGGAUGCCGAGCAGCUGGUGGCGGAAAGAAUUCCGGUGCCGAAGAUGAUAAAGUGCGAUCAGCACGGAAGCCAGGCGAGGUUUCUUCUUGCGAAGUUGAAUCCGUCUGUGACGCAGAAUUCGAGUCAUGCGGCGGAGGGUUCGGAGGUUAUAUUUACUGAUGAUGUGAGCUUGCAGGUGUUUAUUGAGCACUUGCAAGCUCUGGCUGUGCAAGGGUAG